GUUCAGUUCAAGCAGUGCACUUGCGGAGAUGACAUUCCUACAGAUAUUUUACAUCAGCCUAAGUGUUGGAAUUGUAAAUUGCUGUAUUCGUCCAUCACCUCCGUGUUCAUUUAGUCAGAGAAGAAAUCCGGUAACAGGAAGAUGUAUUGAUAAUCCUCCACCUGCAUCUAGGCCAUUUACUUGGUUAGAGAAUUGCGAUGCCGUCCCUCAAGAUUGUGUAAACUAUGGGCUUGAAUAUGAUAUAUCUUAUCCAUUUGCAGAUGAUUUUGACUGUUUUAAUGGAGGAAGUGCUAUACGCUGCGUUGUAAAACCCAAGCCAAAACUAACUACAACGCCUGCCAAUGAAUUCAAAUUUUUGGCGUACAAUAUAUUUGAGCGUUUCUACUUUUUAAGUAUUGAUGGUCAAAGAGAAAGAACAUGCAGAAUACCUUCAUGGGUAUUGGAAACAAUUCCAGACGUCGAUGCCAUUGCCUUCCAAGAAGUGUUUCUUGGUGGCUGCGAUGAAAAUAACUUGACGUUGAAAAAAGUACUCUCUUUCUACGGUUUCAGGUACACAACAUCCGUUGUAGACAGUAUUUUAGCGCUAAACGGUGGAAUAUUUAUCGCUUCAAAAUGGCCAAUAGUAAGAGAAGAAAGCUACGUAUUUCAAUCUGUAAUGUUUUUGACGGCGGAAAUUUUUGUAGCAAAAGGUGUGUCGUACGCCAGAAUUGAGAAAACUGUUAAUGGCGUUACAAAACCUUAUAAUUUAAUGUCGACUCACUUACAAAGUGGAGGUGGUGAUGAUAACACUAUAAGAGAAGCUCAGUGUCAAGAAAUGGUAUCGUUCACUCAGACCUUAAAUAUACCAGCGAAUGAGCCAGUCCUAUUUGCAGGGGAUCUAAACUUAAGACUCGAUGAACAAAGUUUACAAACUUGUCUAAAUUUACUUAGCUCUAAACUUCCACCUCUUUCUAGAACAAGCCCUCUAUCGCUAUCUUGGGAUCCUCCUACAAACACCAUUUUACAGAAAAAUUUCGCAUCAAGGCUGCCAAAAUGGAUUGAUUACGUAUUUUACAGCAAACUUCAUAAAAAUCCUAUCACUUCAAAUCAAAUAAUCUACAACGCUAAAGAUCAGAAUGAGUUUAAGGUGUGUUUCGCAGAAGAUUAUAUAAAUCUUUUUAGACAUUCUCAUCAGCCUAUCAAUGAUUGCGAUUAUACAACUGAAACUAUCAAAGAUUUAUCAGAUCACUAUCCUGUUUUAGGAAUAUUUCAAUUUUAA